UACUAUUGCCGACGGACGGGCCACUUUCCGCGUCGUUGCGCCGCUAACCACGCAACGCAAUGCCCACCGAUCUGUAGCACACUGCACACAGCACCGGCAGCACGAAGGGCACCUAAUUUAGUCUUGAAAUCCACUGAGCCAAGUACACGAUCUGAUUCUCACUUUCUCCUUCGCCCCUGAGCUGUACUCUACUUCUGCUAGUCAAUCAUCGCAUCACGCGAAGCAAAAAAAUCUUGGCACAUUUUCAUCUCCUACUUGCUUCCCCCGUACCCACCGCGCGCCUCGGUGGGGCGCGCCGGUCAGAAGGAAUGAGAAUGUGAGAUCGGCCGCCCGCCACCACCACCAUUCCUCUAGCUAGCGCUUCCGUCGAGGGGACCCAGCCCAGCCGAGGUCCCUUGACCUGAGCUGUCGCUGGCGUAAGGAUCGAAAACCAAAAUCCCCUGCAGCCCGCAGCUGAAAUCCAUGCAAGCAAUCCCGACUUCUUGGUGCUGGCCAUGAAUUUCUUAUAGCUCCUCUCCCGCUGUCAGUCUCCACUCUCCAGUGCCUGCAGCAGGCACAAGAAGCUUUGCGUACUGAGCAAGCGCAAGCAAGCUCAGCUCAGCUCAGACUACUAUAGAGUGCCGCUGCGCGCGCAGCAGGCCAACAGCCGGUCCAGCUCCAGCCGCUGAAGCUUGCUGCUCUGUCUGCUCCACCCCCAAUGGCUCGCGAGGUCGCGGCUUUGCUGGCGCUACUGCUGUCAGCGGCCGCCGCCCUGGCCGACCAGGAAAGCGACCGGAUCCGGCAGCUCCCCGGGCAGCCGCCCAAUGUGGCCUUCUCGCAGUACUCCGGCUACGUCACGGUCAACCAGGCCCGCGGCCGCGCGCUCUUCUACUGGCUCGUCGAGGCGGAGCCGGCGGCCGGGCCCAUCGCGCCGCUCGUCCUCUGGCUCAACGGCGGGCCAGGCUGCUCCUCCGUCGGCUACGGCGCGUCCGAGGAGGUCGGCCCGUUCCGCAUCAGGCCCGACGGGAAGACGCUCUCUCUCAACCCCAAUUCCUGGAACAAGGCGGCCAAUUUGCUCUUCCUGGAGUCGCCGGCCGGCGUGGGCUUCUCCUACUCCAACACAACGGUGGAUCUGUACACCGCGGGAGAUGCCAAGACUGCACUGGAUUCCUACGCUUUUCUGGUGAAUUGGCUGGAGAGAUUCCCACAGUACAAGUACAGGGAGUUCUACAUUGCUGGAGAGAGCUAUGCAGGGCAUUAUGUUCCGCAACUAGCCAAGAUCAUAUACGAAAAGAACAAGGGCAUUCAGAACCCAAUACUUAACCUCAAAGGAUUCGUGGUGGGGAAUGCGGUUACGGACGACUACCACGACUAUCUUGGCACAUUUGAGUACUGGUGGAGCCAUGGUCUGAUCUCUGAUAGCACUUACCACAACUUGAAGGCGACGUGCAUUUUUGAUUCCGCAACGCACCCUUCUCCUGAAUGUGCCAAGAACCUGAACCUGGCUAGUGCCGAAGAAGGCAAUAUUGAUCCUUACAGUCUCUAUACAAAGCCCUGCAAUAACACAGCCUCUCUCAAACUUGGCCUCGGAGGACGCUAUCCUUGGUUGUCUAGAGCUUAUGAUCCUUGCACGGAAAGAUAUUCAAAUAUCUACUACAAUCUACCAGAAGUGCAGAUGGCGUUACAUGCUAACACUACUGGAAUUCAAUACCCUUGGCAAACUUGCAGUGAUAUUGUCGGCCCGUACUGGGCGGAUUCCCCCAAAUCUAUGCUUCCUAUUUACCACGAGUUAAUUGCAGCUGGUAUGAAGAUAUGGGUUUUCAGUGGGGAUACUGAUGCGGUAGUUCCUGUAACUGCAACAAGAUACUCGAUAAGUGCUCUGAAGCUACCAACGCUGAUGAAUUGGUACCCUUGGUAUGACCACGGAAAGGUUGGGGGUUGGAGUCAGGUUUACAAAGGACUAACCCUCGUGACCGUAGCAGGUGCAGGGCAUGAGGUGCCUCUGCACCGGCCUCGACAAGCGUUAAUAAUAUUCAGACAUUUUUUGAAGGACACACCAAUGCCAUCUCAAUAGCCGCUAGAAGCAAAACGAUAGCAAACCACGAAAGUCAUAUUCACUGUUUUUUUUUUACAUUCUUCUUCGAUUGAUUUUAUUAUUACAACAUGUUAUUCAGUUAUCCCUAUUGAAUUGUAUGUAUGUUUCAUAGCUAAUAGGGAAACCUGGCAAGUGUAGUGCAGCAGCUAAACAGGUCCUUGUAUAUGAUAAUGAUAGUGAUUGUUUGAGCAGUGCAAUUUUCUA